UGUGGAGGGAGAUUCACUCUGUGUCUGACCCUGGGAGUGUGUGAUGGGACGGUGUGGAGGGAGAUUCACUCUGUGUCUGACCCCGGGAGUGUGUGAUGGGAUGGUGUGGAGGGAGAUUCACUCUGUGUCUGACCCCGGGAGUGUGUGAUGGGACGGUGUGGAGGGAGUGUGUGUUACAGGAUCAAGUGUAGGGGCCUUAUUCUGCGUCCCACCCUGGGGACUGAUGUCAGCAGCUCUGCCAUGGCUGAGGUUUUUGUGAGACCUACUCUUGCAGAUGCCGGAAGUGGCUUUCAAAGGCAAGACGUGUGGAGGAAGUUUAUCUCGAGUGGAGAGAUUUUUAAGCGCCAGCACCUUGCAGCCCCCACGUUCUCCCCCUCCUCACCGGACUGAUUAACCUCUCUUCCUCCAACCAGAGUCCUGAAUUUGGCUGCGUCUACCCACCUGGAUCUUCUGGGAGAAGGAUUACGGCCGAGCAUCUCUCUCUGGGACCCUGAGAUGGAGCUGGUUGACACUGUCUCCUUUUUCUGGGCUUUAUCGUUCUGUCUCCCUUUCUGGAUUAUCGCUUUCCUCUGCAUCCGAUGUCGGGAUGGGGCACCCACACGGAUCACCGCUGCCUUCGAUGAUUACAUCGAGACCAAUACGUUCAGACCUGGUGGACAGGCCCCCAACCACUCCAGCUUCACCGUCAUCCGUCAACCCAAAUUGGAAACUCCGGUGAUCCCGAAUUUGUUAGUGACCCCACAGCCAAACAGUCGGAGAAGCUCACUCCUUGAUAUGAAGGAAUCGGACUCAGAGAUGUACCCCAAUUAUGAAAACACAGACCCGAAAGAGAGCAGUGACGAGGAGGAGCUCAAGAAUGACACCAAUUAUAUAGAAGUUAUUCCCGAUGAUGUUCCUCCUCUGGCAGUACCUGUUCGAAGCACCCAAGUGUCUCGAAAUGAUCGGACUAGCAGUGGCACCAUUGGCGAGGACUACGAAAACCUCAAGGACGACGGGCAAGAUGGCAGUUCUAACUACGUUAAUGUUGAGCCUCUGGAUGAAGAGGAUAACAGGCAGAGUGUGGAGAAUGAUGAGGACGAAGAUGAGGAGCUAUCGGACUAUGUCAACUCCUCCAAAUGUGCCCUGCGGCAAUGAAUGAGACGGACAAUGCCGGUGUCAGAGAGAGGAGGAGGACGAGGAUAAUUUUAUUUCCAGUGGGGAAUUGUGCACACGAAUCGCCAGGCCUCUCCGCAAUCCCAAAUUCCUUGACGCUGGUGACGAAUGGGUCGAGUUUGUGACCUCCGUUGGGUUUGGCUCGGGAUAUAGGUCUUCAAACUGACACCCCUAACUUCCUCCUACCCACCUGAAUCCUAAAAAGGGUUCUACCCCUGCUGAUCCAAUGAGGCUGCUGUUACCCCGAGAGGGGUGGCCUGUGGUCUGUGGUUUUGCUGAGAUCUCGGGAGCCCACUGCUGAAUCAGACCUUGUGCUCGACCUUUCUCCCUUCCUCUUCUCCUCCCACCCACCCCAUCAAGCACCUCUCUCUGCCAGGUAAGGCUCCCCUCCCUGCUUCUUGUCUCCAUAAACCCUUCCCUCCCCUAUACCCCUCCCUGUUUCAAUCACCCUGUGACUCCCUACAUUCCUCUCCCCCUCUCUGUGACCCCCCUCACUCCCCUAUACCCCUCCCCGUUUCAGUGACCCUCUCCCACACCUUCAUCCAUCCCUGCAUCUGAGCUCCUCUCUCCCCUACACCCCUGCCUGGCUUUGUGACCCCCUCCCUCCCCUGCACCCCUCUGCCUCUCUCUCCUCCGUUACAAAAAUCUGCCGCCAAACUUCUAUGAAACGGUUAUCCAGUUCUGUCAAUGAAUCCGUAAAGUUCUCUCCCCGGAGAGACAUAUCCCAAAUGUGUUGGCAGAAACCUGGAAAUGACAGCAUGGUUGACGAUAUCCUGAGAUUAAUUAUUUUUGUUGUGUGUGUUUACUCUGAUGUACAGUAUUAGCUUCCUGCUCUUCCCUCAGAACUCGAUCUCUGGGGAAAGGUCUCCAUCCAAGGGCAGCGAGGGUGGGGCACUGGAGCAGAGGGGCUGGGAAUGGUGCAGAAAGAGAUUCUGACCUGGGCAAGUGGUACAUAGAUGUGUAUCUCUGUCCCUCUUAUGUCCGUCUCUAUCUGUUUCCCUCUAUCUCUCCCUGUACCUAUCCUCCUCUUUUUCUCCCUAUCUCUCUCUGGACUCUGCACCUCUCUUUCACACUCACUGCUCUCCCCCUUUGUCUCCCCCCUCUGAACUCCUUGGUCUCUCUCCCCUGUCUCAGCUUCUCUCUCUGCCCCUCUUUCCCACCCUCCUUGUCUCCCCACUCCUUCCCCCUCCCUCCCUCCACAUCCUCGGACCCAGGAGGAUUAGACGUGUUUCUGUGACCCAUGCGUGCCUUGUUCUCAGCCUCCCACCCGUCCUACUGGUUUUGGGAGCAAUGGGUGGCGGGACCACCAUUCUGCCUCCAGUCCCCUCCUUCAUUCUGACUCCUCCUGCUCAAUCCUGCUAGGGCCCAGCGACCUCUAUCUGUAUGGGGUCACGGGGUUUUAGCCAGAGCCUAGGCCUCAACCUGACCCUUCAGCCCCAAUUCCUCGGCCCAACCUAUGAUCUCUGACCGGGCCCUGGACUCUAUCAGCCUCCAGUCCAGGUGUAGAGUUAGCUCAGGCCUCGGGGCCUCUUGACUCAGGAUUCCAACCUGAGCUCCUGGCCCUGGGUUCCAACUCGAUGUCCUUAGCUUCAGCCUGAUCUUUAGGCCCCAGGGCCUCAGCCUGACCUGCUGGGAUCCCCCAGGCCUCUGCCUCCUCAUUGUGGCCCAGUAACUCUGCCCAAGCCACAGGUCCCAGUCUUAAUACCGUGGCUCCCCUAGGCAUCUGCCUCCUCAUUUGUCCCAUUGUUCCUCCAUCCUGUCGCCCCAGGACUUCUGCCCCAGCAUCAGGCCCUCUCUGCCUCCUCACUCAAUGGGGAUCCAGCCCUUUUGGAGGGCUGGGCUUCUCUUCAUUCUCCCCACCUCUCAAAACUUCUGAGCGAAGAGCAGGGAGACCCAGAGGGAAGGGAAGUGUUUGUGUGUGUGUGUGUGUGUGUGUGUGUGUGUGUGUGUGUCUGUGGGGUGGGGGGGGGGAGAGGGUAAGAAAUGAAACAAAACUGUAACUAUUGCAUGAAUUUUCCCUCUGUAAAUAAAGCCAUGAAGAUUGAUCAUUCAGAGUGGGGUCCUGGUCUUUGUCUUACUGCCCUCCUCCCUCCCCUCCAAAUCACUGCCUUGCUGAGGACAGGAGCCUGGGUCACAGUGCAAUGAGGGACAAGGCCCCUCCCAAACACUCCCUUCUCACACCAUCACUAUAUACUAUGUUCUAAAUCAUCACUUCAACAAAUUAGACACAAUUUCUACAAGAAAGAACAUGAUUAGACCAUACGCAGUGGGUCGCUGUCCAGAGGUAGGAUUAAGGUUGUGCCCGUUGGUUCACGAGCCGAACGCUUGAAGGGAAAUUGCCCUUUCCUGAAACUGCAGAUACGGAACUUCAGACGUCUGUACCUCCCGCCCGAUGGGAGCUGUGAGAGCUGCAUCAGGUAAGCAGGUGGUGUCUCAGACAGUUAUCUGAGGAGUGGCAGAUGGAGCUCAGUCAGAUAAGUGAGAGGUGUGGAAUUUCAGGGAGGCAAGUGAAGGCAGGACUCUCACAGUGAACGGCUGUGACCUGGGGACCGAUGUAGAACAGGUGCAGGUCCAUGGUUUCUGAGAGUGGGGGCACAGGUAGACGGAGGUGAAGGAGGUGUUGGACACACUGGUCUUCAUCCGUCAGGGCACUGACUUGGGAGGUUGUACAAGAUGUUGGUGAACACACACUUGCAGUAUUGUGUUCAGUUUUGCUUGCCCUGCUGUUGGGAAGAGCGCAGAGGAGAUUUGCGAGUAUUUUGCUGCGAUGAAAGGGUCUGGGUAAUGGAGACUUGGGCAGCUGGGAGUGUGGGAGACCAAGGGGUGACCUUAUAGAGGUGCAUAAAAUCACAAGGGGCAUUAACAGGGUUAAUGCAGUCAUUUCCCAGGAAUGUGGGAAAACAAGACCAGCUACCCCUUGCUUAGUGUACAGAUCUCCCCCUGAGAGACACCGGUCAGUGUACAGAUCAUCUCUGAGAGAGAGGGACUGAGAGACACUGGUCAGUGUACAGAUCAUCUCUGAGAGAGAGGGACUGAGAGACACCGGUCAGUGUACAGAUCAUCUCUGAGAGAGAGAGACUGAGAGAUACUGGUCAGUGUACAGAUCUCCCCCUGAGAGAGAGGGACAGAGAGACACCAGUCAGUGUACAGAUCUCCCUCUGAGAGAGAGGGACAGAGAGACACCGGUCAGUGUCCAGAUCUCCCCCUGAGAGAGAGGGACAGAGAGACACUGGUCAGUGUACAGAUCUCCCCUGAGAGAGAGGGACUGAGAGACACUGGUCAGUGUCCAGAUCUCCCCCUGAGAGAGAGGGACAGAGAGACACUGGUCAGUGUCCAGAUCUCCCCCUGAGAGAGAGGGACUGAGAGACACCGGUCAGUGUACAGAUCUUCCUCUGAGAGAGGGACUGAAAGACACUGAUCAUCUGUUUUAAGAUGUCACUGGUGCAGCACGGUGACAAAUUGCUGGCUGCAAACACAACAACUUUAUUACUGACACUUUUUCUGGUCAACAAUCACUAUAAUCAGUAGGCUGUAACUUCCUGGUUGGGGUUGAGAUAUUGAACCUCUGUACGACCUGCCAUCUGUGUGGUUUGAAUUGAACUCUCACAGGUGCAGUGUAGUUACGGCAUGGCCUAGUUGAAGUGGCAGGGCCUGGGCCUGAGAGUAGGGUAUGAGUUGAUGCUUGGCAUUGCUAGAGCAGACUUGGGGACAAAUCAAAGUGAGAGGACUGGUGCAAGGCAGAGUUGAGGUGGCAGGUCCCAGGCCAGGGAGCAGGGAGCAAUGUUGAAGCACCAGGCCAGAUCAGAAAGAUUGGGUCCAGUCUAAAUCAAGUCAGUGGAGCCCAGGCCUGAGAACAUACCAAAAUGACUGGGCCCGGGUUAAGAGCAAGAAGUUACCUGAUGAUUGGCCGAUUUAAGAGCUGGGCCAGUUUGAAAAUGUCAGGGUGCCAGGGCUGGAGGAGAGGAUUGAGCUGGUUCAGCUGGGUUCUCAUGAGGUUUACUCACCUUUCUGCUCAGCUGAGGCUGAGGCCUGCAGCAAAC